UUCUUUCUUUCUUUCUUUCUUUCUCUGUCUUCGCUUAUUCUCUCUUCGCGUUUGCGUAUAUGUUCUCCAUUUCGCUUUUCCAGAUGCUUCCUCGCUGCUCCGCCGCCGCUCAUCGCUCGAUUCCCCGCCCUCGUGCUCCUCCUCCUCCUUUAUCCCUAGAUCCCUUUUCCAUCCUUCCCCUUUCGAUCCUUAUCCCAGCUCUUUCCCUCUCUGGCAAUCAGAUCAAACCUCCUUUUUCCUUCGAUUCUUUGUUAUUGUUGUUGUUGUUGUUGUUGCCACGAUCGCCAUUUCUAUGGCUUCUUCCGAUGAUGGCCACCUCUCCUCUCAUCCUUGCAUUUAUGUUGUUUGAAUGAGGUUUGAUUGUUUUACUCUGUUAUCAACUGGGGAUGUGAAUGAAAGUAGGCCACAUGCCACCUUCACGUAAUAUGAGAAGAUCAUGGUUUAUGAAAUGGAUUAGCAAGUUGUUCGGAGGAGGGUCUUCUCGUGGAGCUUCGAAUGGGCGGCGUCUUAGGAUUAGCGGAGAAGAGAACACGUUUUGGCACGAGCCUGCUAGAUCUAUGGAUGAUCAAUCCAAAGCUGAGAAAGAGGAGUUAGAUCGGGCUAUAGCACUUUCCCUUGCAGAAAAUGGCAAGAGAAGAAAUGGACAAUGUGAUAAUGAUGAAGAUCUUGAUAGAGCACUUCGGGAAAGCUUGAGCAUGUCGGCAUCCCAUCCAUAUAAUCCUGUACAGUGUGUACCAAGAGAUUCUAGGGUUUGUGGAGGGUGUAAUAAAGAAAUAGGCUAUGGGCAUUAUUUGAGCUGCAUGGGGGCCUUUUGGCACCCUCAAUGCUUUCGUUGUCAUGCCUGUGGUCUGCCAAUCUGCGAGAAAGAGUUUUCUUUGUCAGGGAGUCAUCCAUACCACAAAUCGUGUCAUAAAGAGUUGCAUCACCCUAAAUGUGAUGUCUGCCAUCAAUUUAUCCCAACAAAUAGGUCCGGGUUGAUUGAGUACAGGGCGCAUCCAUUCUGGAGACAAAAUUAUUGCCCUUCACAUGAACAUGAUAAUACUCCUCGGUGCUGUAGUUGUGAGCGGUUGGAGACGAGGAGUGUAAAAUACAUCUCUUUGGGAGAUGGGCGUAGUCUUUGCCUGGAAUGUUUGGAUUCUGCUAUCAUGGAUACAGGAGAAUGCCAACCUCUUUACCAUUCUAUUAGAGAUUAUUAUGAAGGAAUGUAUAUGAAGAUAGACCAGCAGAUUCCCAUGCUGCUUGUUGAAAGGCAAGCUCUCAAUGAAGCCAUUGAAGGGGAGAAAGAUGGUCAUCACCACAUGCCUGAAACAAGGGGUUUAUGUUUAUCUGAGGAGCAGACUGUUAGCAGUAUACAUAGAAAACCAAAAAUUGGUGGAAAUCGAGUUGUAGACAUGAGAACCCAUCCUCAGAAAUUGACUCGAAGAUGUGAAGUCACGGCUAUUCUUGUACUAUAUGGACUUCCAAGGUUAUUGACUGGCUCUAUUCUUGCUCAUGAAUUGAUGCAUGGAUGGUUACGACUCAAAGGCUACCGUAAUCUAAGUCCUGUGGUAGAAGAAGGCAUUUGUCAGGUUCUGUCUCACAUGUGGCUCGAAUCGGAGGUCAUGCCGGAGUCAAGAAGCAUGCCGGCCACGAACAUAGCUUCCUCAUCCUCAUCUCUGCCAUCUUCUGGCAAGAAAGGAGGGAAGUCUGAUAUUGAGAAAAGGUUGGGUGAGUUUUUCUUGCAUCAAAUUGCUCAUGAUAUCUCUCCAGCUUACGGAGAGGGUUUCAGAGCAGCCAAUGCGGCUGUUCUCAAGUUUGGCCUGCGUCGCACUCUGGACCAUAUCCGUUUUACAGGAGGCUUCCCGGAAUGAGAAACUCUACAACUUAUUAUUACUACUUCUACUCUUUUCAUUGUUAACAUGCAUUCUUCCCUCUCCUUUGUGAAAGUGUAACUUCAUUCCAACCACUCUUUUUAUGGUUGCCAAUACCAUGCAUGCUCAUCGGUAAAUGUAUUUAUUGCUGUUUGUCACCAAUGGCAGAGAAAGGAUUGAGUUGACCUUAUAAGCUAGACCAACCCAUCUCAAUAAACUGUUUUCAAAGGUGG